AUGACCAACAUCGAAGAUGAGCUCCGUCUCAAAAUACAGUUGCUAGAACUUGAAAAUGAAAGAUUGAAACAACUGAAGUCCAAAGAAUGCACCCUGUAUCCCAAAGUAAAUGAGUAUUUUAGUCUCGAUGAGUAUAAAAGAUACGGCAGACAAAUGAUUGUUCCACAAUUUGGGUCAUUGGAGUCCCAAAAGAAAUUGAAAAAGUCGAAAAUUCUUGUGGUAGGGGCAGGUGGUUUAGGGUCCCCUGCGUUGCAAUACCUAUCGGCCACAGGGGUUGGCACGAUAGGCAUACUUGACGAUGAUAUCGUGGAUAUUAGUAAUUUACAUCGUCAAGUUAUACAUCAAACUGGCGCUGUAGGAACAUAUAAAUGUGAUUCUGCAAAGUCCUUCAUCAAGAAUAUCAACCCACACGUUAAUGUCAUUACACACCCCAUUAGAUUAAGUAACGAUAAUGCUUUUGAGGUAAUCAGCCAGUACGAUUUAGUGCUAGAUUGCACGGAUCACCCAGCAGUGAGAUACCUCAUUAAUGAUGUAUGUGUACUUCUAGGGAAAACAAUUGUGAGCGGUUCUGGCCUCAAAGCGGAUGGACAAUUUACAAUAUUGAAUUUUGAGAACAGGGGCCCAUGUUAUAGAUGUUUUUACCCCCAGCCGCCUAGCCCAAGCUCAGUCACGUCGUGUGUCGAUGGUGGGGUUAUAGGUCCAGCGAUUGGAAUGGUGGGAAUUGCAAUGGCAAUGGAAACCAUAAAAAUUCUCACUGGAUACUACACCAAGGAGAAUUUUAGCCCUUUUCUCUCAUCCUAUUCUGCCUACCCUCAUCAACAAAUCAGGCGCUUUAAAAUGAGACCGAAACAGGCCAGUUGCAUAGCCUGUGGUACCAAUAGAGAAAUAACUAAAGAGAAAAUCGAAAUUGGAGAGAUUGACUAUGUUGCUUUCUGUGGGAAAGUAACUUACGAACCAUUGGAUCAAAAGCAUAGAGUAUCAGUUAUAGACUACAACUCUAUGUUGCAUUUGGGUAAGAAUCACACGUUGAUUGAUGUCAGACCGCAAGAACAAUACAACAUCACCAAGCUUCCCAACUCUGUAAACAUUGAGUGGGAUCCCGCAUUUAGAAAACUCGAUUCAUUAGAAGAAUAUCUACCAGUGACGAAGUCUGACGACAUUUAUUUGGUAUGCAGGUAUGGUAAUGAUUCCCAAUUAGCUGCCAAAAAGCUUCAUGAUUUAGGUUACAAAAAUGCUAAAAGUAUCGAUGGUGGUAUUGACAAAUGGUCAGAUGUUAUAGACCCAUCCAUUCCAAAGUAUUAG